AGUGAGCUUGUUGUGAAAUUCCGUUCAUUUUGAUGCGCACUUUUUAUUUUUAGCACAUUGAUUAAGUUAUAAACCGGCUAAAAAUGUCUAAUCGGUUAGAAAACGCCAAUCCUGUGAUAUUCCAGCGGUCCGGGGAGCGACUGUUGACGGCGUCGGAGGAGGAUGAAGACGUGCACGACCCGAUAGAUGAGAGAGAAAUAUUUGAUUUGAUCAGAUCCAUCAAUGACCCAGAGCAUCCUCUGUCUCUGGAAGAACUCAAUGUGGUGGAGCAAGUCCGAGUCAAAGUGGAUGAUCCAGGGAACACUGUUGGCAUUGAGUUCACGCCCACAAUCCCUCACUGCAGUAUGGCAACACUUAUUGGACUGUCUAUUAAAGUCAAGCUGCUGCGCUCACUACCAGACAGAUUUAAAAUUGAUGUCCACAUCACACCUGGAUCUCACGCCUCAGAGGAUGCAGUAAACAAACAACUUGCUGACAAAGAAAGAGUGGCAGCAGCAUUGGAGAACUCAUCACUAUUGGAAGUGGUCAACCAGUGUUUGUCCACACGGAACAUUUAAGCUUCAGUUUGUGUCAAUUCUUCUGAAUGAUGAUUGUCUACAUUGUAUGAAAUCAAAUGAUAACUGACUGUUUGCAGAUUUUUGUGACGGCUCUGACAGUGCUGUUAGGAUCAGUGUUAAGGAGAAGCUUCAGACUCAACAUGACUUACACCACUGUUGAGGGGAGUCAGCAGAAAGGACAAAGGGGUUUGUUGUCCUGGGCCUCAGGGUCUUAGGGGCCCAAACCCUCCUGCUAUUAAUUUAUAUUAGAGGGGGCCCAUGUGAGUCUUCUUGCCCUGGGCCUCCUUUCUGAGCCUGCCGCUGUUAUACCUUUGGCGUGUGGGGCAACAGUCUAAAGAUUAGUCUGAAGUUAUAUGUGAGUGAACUUUGACAUUUAUUUAUUUCACUUUUUAUAUUAAUGCCACAAUUGUCUAUUAAUUAAAGCAUUCAUACAGUUGUAUUUGUAACAAUUAAAUUUAAUGUACACCC